GAGACGAGCACACAGACGCAGAACAGGUGGUCCAAUCCCACCUGAGGAACCAAAUAUGAGGAUUUAUCACGCUUUUCACCUUUCUGGAUACCAUGUUACCGUCGCUAAGUGAUAUUGUCUGAAGAGUACAACACUUCACGCGCUUCCCUGAGGAGUCACUGGGAAUAUUGGGCGAAUAUGAAAGUGACAGUAUGUUUCGGAAGGACCCGGGUGGUCGUUCCCUGUGGGGAUGGGAAUAUCACAGUACACAAUCUUAUUCAGCAAGCGGCGAUGAGAUAUAAAAAAGCCAUAGCCAAGGACCCAGGCUACUGGAUUCAAGUUAAUCGGUUAGAACAUGGAGAUGGGGGCAUUUUGGAUUUGGAUGACGUGCUGUGUGAUGUUGCUGACGAUAAAGACAGGCUGGUGGCGGUCUACGAGGAGCAGGACCCCCAUCAUGGAGGUGACGGCACCAGCGCUAGCUCAACAGGCACACAAAGUCCAGAGAUGUUCAAUACGGGAGAGCUCAGCUCCUUUCAGCCCUACCAGACCAGCAGUGAGAUCGAGGUCACCCCCUCAGCCCUCAGGACCAACAUGCCCUUGCAUGUACGGCGCAGCAGUGAUCCAGCCCUGGUAGGCCUCCCAGAAGUCCAGCUCCAGCCAGAGGAACCAUCUCGUAAUAACCACACACGCUGGUCCACCACCGCAGGGUUUCUUAAAACCAACACCACCAGAGAAACCAAUAGUCUAGAACGCAAGGGUAAGGUUCAGGAUGCUUACCGUAGCCUGCCUCAUGAUGCUGUCCCCUGGGUGACACCGUUUCAGAGGGAGAACGCCCGCUCAUCUCUUAGUGCCAACCAUCCCUUGGUGGACCGAUGGCUUGAGCAUCAAGAACAGGAAGAAGAGGAGGAGGAGGAGGAGGAGAGAGGUGAUGGAGGAAAGAACGGAAGGAUAGAACCAGUGGGACGAGCAGACUCAUGCAUAGAAUCAGCCUCAAUUGAUGAAAUGUUAAAGCUGGUUGAAGUGUCCAACGGCGGUGGGCCGCUAGGAAUCCAUGUGGUGCCUUUCAGUGCCAGAGAUAGAAGGACACUGGGUUUGUUAGUCAAGAGGCUGGAGAGGGGUGGAAAGGCGGACCGUGAAGCUCUAUUCCAGGAGAAUGACUGUAUCGUACGGAUUAAUAACGGGGACCUGCGCAACAUCCGAUUUGAACAGGCCCAGAAUUUGUUCAGACAGGCCAUGCGCUCUCCAGUCAUCCUUUUCCAUGUAAUUCCAGCAUCAAAGAAAGCCCAAUAUGAGCAAUUGUACCAGAAUGAGUUGGGCCAGCAGUCCGGUACUGGACCUGGGGAAAGAGGUAGCCUGGUGGGAGGUAUGGACUACAGUCCACGUAGGUUCUCCAAAGCAGAAUCAAAUCGGGGCUAUCCAGCAUUACCACAUCAAAGAAAUCCAUCGACCAAGACACAACCAGGACCCAUCCAACCUGCCAGGCCAGACAGCGUCGCCUCUUCCGUGGGCUACUCCAAAAAGAUUGGCCGCAAGUUCAAUGUCCAGCUAAGGAAAGGUCCGGAGGGGUUGGGUUUUAGCAUCACCUCCAGAGACGUUCCCAUUGGAAGUUUCGCCCCCAUAUAUGUGAAGAAUAUUCUCCCCCGUGGAGCCGCCAUCCAGGAUGGCCGUCUGAAAGCCGGAGACCGGCUGCUCGAGGUGAAUGGAGUGGAUCUGAAUGGAAAGACUCAGGAGGAGGUUGUGGCACUGUUGCGCUCCACUCCCAUGGGAGGCACUGUAGGUCUACUCAUCGUCAGACAAGAGGACUCUUUCCUGCCACGCGAAGUGAAAGCAGAACAAGAUGAACUAAUUUUGACGCCAGAUGGAACAAGAGAGUUUUUGACCUUUGAAAUUCCUCUCAAUGACUCAGGCUCAGCAGGGUUAGGGGUCAGCGUCAAGGGCAACAGAUCUAAAGAGAGCCAUGCUGACUUGGGCAUUUUCGUCAAGUCUAUAAUCACUGGAGGAGCUGCUUGCAAGGAUGGGCGGUUGAGGGUAAAUGACCAGCUGAUAGCAGUAAAUGGGGAAUCUUUACUGGAAAAGACAAACCAGGAAGCAAUGGAGACUCUUCGCAAGUCCAUGUCCAUAGAGGGCAACAAGAGAGGCAUGAUCCAGCUCAUCGUGGCUCGGCGGGUCCCAGGGAGGGGAGAGGAGGCUCCAGGUAGCCCACCUGUGCCAGAUCUGAACUCUCUGAACUCUUCUCAAGAGGAACAUGAGCGUCGGAUCUCUCAGUUUUUCUUUCCCAGAGAAAACCUGGAUGACAACCACAGCUCACGGCCUACAAUGAUGGGUAGAAUAAUGGGUAACUACCAGCUGUCCCCCACUGUGAACAUGCCCCAGGAUGACACCGUCAUCAUUGAAGAUGAUAGGCCACCUGUUCUCCCUGCCCGCUUGUCCAACCAAUCAUCAUCUAGCUCUCACGAUGACAUGGGAUUUGUGACAGAAAUACCAGAAUCCUGGCCCAAAGAUGUCCAGAUACCGGACGAAAGUUCCCUCAGUCCAGAUGCAGAUAUGGAUGCCGUGUUUCUGAGAGAAGGCUUUGGAAGGCAGAGCAUGUCUGAAAAGCGGACCAAACAGUACGGCGAUCCUGCACAGCUAGAGAUUAUUAAGAGUCGCAAGUCAAAGAGUAUGGACUUGGUAGCCGACAAGUUUAACUUCACUCCCCGCAAAGAGUGGACGGAAGGUAACUACACACAUGAUGUGGGGCAAUCGUUGGGUCUAAAGAAGUCGAGUUCUUUGGAGAGCCUCCAAACUGCUGUUGCCGAGGUGACGCUAAAUGGGGACGUCCCUUUCCACAGGCCCCGCCCCAGAAUAAUCAGAGGGAGGGGUUGCAAUGAGAGCUUCCGGGCAGCCAUUGAUAAAUCAUACGACACACCGGGAGUGAUCAUAGUCAACCCUGAAGAGGAUGAUGAAGGCAUGGAGACAUUGGAGGAGGACACCGAGGAGAGCUCACGGUCGGGCCGCGACUCCAUUUCCACAGCAACUGACCUUUCCCUUCUGCCCAGCGGAACGGCCAACACAGAAAAACGAGUGAAUGGAGGACAUACUAAAGAUGACACGAAGAAGGAGAGGGGUGGGAAGGAAACGAAAGAUAAGAGCAACGCCAAGAAAGGCGUGCUGAAGGGCCUGGGUGACAUGUUCAGGUUUGGCAAACACCGCAAAGAAGGAGACAAGAUGGAGAGGAAAGGCUCUAGCAAGAACAAGAUGGAAGAAACUCAGGCCACAGAAGAGGAGACACAGAGAAUGAAGCUGGAACAGGAGAGGAUUCAAGCUAAGACCAGGGAGCUUCGAGAACGACAGGCCAAAGAGAGAGACUAUGCUGAGAUACAGGACAUCAACCACACCUUCAGUUCAGACGAGGAGCACACCUAUGCAGGGAUUGGCUCUUUGGACUCUUCUCUGAAUAGCAGUAUGGAUCUCAGCCAGAACCCUACUCAAGAACAGCAUCCCCAGAGCCCAAGAGACCAACCACUGCCUUUAGAGGAUCUCUACGCCCAGGUCAGCAAGCCCCGCAAUGGACGCCCACCCUCUGCAGACAGCAAUAGACUGGCACCUACCAACCAUGACCGGAUACAGUGGCUACGGCAGGAGUUCCAGCAGGUCAAGCACGAGGAAGACCCUGAUGAUCGCCAUCGCUCCUACAGCUUUCAAAAUCAAACAUGGGCCAACACAGGGGGCACACCAUCAGGAAGGCACUCGGUUUCUGUGGAGGUCCAAAUGCAGAGACAUAGAGAGGACAGAGACUCCUUCACACAAGCCCAGAGGCAGUACAACUCUCUACCACGGCAACCACGUAAAACCCCCAGUACCAUGUCUCAAAACUCUUGGGAUAACAUCUACCCUCCCAGCGAGGGCUUUCAGACUGCCAAGGAGAACCCUCGCUACCCCAGUUACCAAGGUUCCCGCACUACCAAUGGCUACCUGGGUGCCAACGCCACGGGCCUGAAUGCCCGUGUACUCAUGGAGACCCAAGAGCUGCUGAGACAAGAACAGAGACGUAAGGAGCAAGAGGCUAAAAACAAACUCCCCACCAUGGAGGAGAUGCCAACCCAGCCUCUAAGCCAAACACCUGUUCCUACCCCACCCAAAGGUCCCUAUCGACAAGACGUACCCCCAUCGCCCUCCCAACUCGCACGACUCAAUCGUCUACAGACCCCUGAGAAGGGCAGACACUUCUACUCCUGAGAAGUGAGAGCAAUGUGAGGAAAAACUGUAUUACAGCAAUAAUGUUGAAUAAUAGAGAGAGAUAGAGCUAUAUUAUAAAGACUGUAUUGAGGAUUCCAGGUAAUUGGUUGGAGGUUUGUUCAAGUGUGUCCAACUCGUUCCCUUUUUUAUCAUUUUAUAAAAUCUAACUCUUUGUGCACACUGAAGAUCUUUGUCUGCCAUCCACGUCUUCUGUGUGUGUGUUUGUGUGUAUGUGGAAUACAUGGAUGUUUUAGCACUUGGUACUCUUGACAGUCACAUGACAGCCCUCACAAAGCUUUGAUACAUGGCUGUUCCCAUUGUAUUGUGACCUACAUUUCAUGUUUUUACCAAGUAUGUGCGCUGAGAACAUGUAGGUGGAUGAGAACUGUCAAGAACAUGUCUGGGUCAUAUUUCAUUAAGAGAGAGAGAGAGAGAGAGAGAGAGAGAGAGAAUGCAUAAAGAAAAUCCAACCUAUUUUGAGGACCAUUCGAAUUUCAUUUUUAGAUUAUUUUCAUGACAAUUAAGCAUGUUUCCCCCCAAAAUUCUCUUUGCUAUGUGUCCGGAUAUUUUACUUUUGAGGGGUUUUUAGUCAUUCUCAUUAGACUGUAAUUACUGCAAUUAGUGCUGUCUGUUGAUUCAAAUAUUUAAAUCACGAAUAAUCACAUGAUUUUUUUAUAGUUAAUUGCGAAUAAUUGCAGAUUUUGAAGGUGCUGAAAUUUGAAUCUAAAUAAACUUAUUUCCUGUCAAAAGAAGUAUAUAUGGUGCAGUCACAGCAUCCACUACCCGGCGUUCACAGGAGGACGCAUAUGUAUGCUUGUUCAGUGGGAGAUGCUGAUGUAAACAUGGAGACAGUGCGCAAUAGUGAAAUGCGUCCGUGUAGUGCAUGGUCAUACAGUAACAACGUUCUGCCAAUGUUAUGAUAAUGCAAUGAUGAUAUUGUAUAAUCUUUUAAAAUAUAAAAAUAAAUCUCUUAAACCCAAAUCCUUCACUAUAUCAAUUGGCCUGCAGGCUGUAUUUAUCCACCUUGCUACAGCAAUCUUGAAGCCAUAUUCACAUGAUUUGCAUCAGGGCCUCAAUGCCAAUGUCUAGCACCGCUUUGAAGUUUGAACUCCACAUGAAAACUGAUGACAGCCGAGUUCGGAAUGGCAUGCUACUCAUACUACUCUUACUGCUUCUGUCAUAUCUGUGUAUAACAGAAAUAGUAAUAGUAGUAUGGUAGGUUGCUAAUACCAAACAUGGCAAAUGUCUUGUUCUGCUUUUAGCACUGGCACUGCUUUAGUAAAGAUACUUCAUCCGAAUUGUCUAGUCAUCAUCAUUAGCUGAAACUUUGAAAGGUCAGCGGCAACUGGAUCAAAGUUGAAACUGUUUGAACUUUGAGCGGUGCAUUGGCAUACAUUCAAUGGGAGAACUCCAACAAGCUAGCCAGCCCUCAUCUGUGACUUUUAAUUGAUAGUUCAGACUUCAGUGCAUCAGUGGUAAUUCAAUUCCAAUUUGCAAAGGAUGCAAAGUACUUGAUUUUUGAGUAACUUGAGUAAGUCUUUGAAAAGUUUGUUGUGCAUCCCAUUCAACCUGAUACAGCAACAUUGGCUCAACCAAUGGUGUAAGUUUAGGAUGGGACUAUCUGUUUUUCGACUAAUUUCAGAUGAGUGGAGUGUUGGGAAGACCUGUUGGAAAAGGUUUUGUGAUUUUUAGUGGAGCCGAAAUUACACACUUCACCUAGGUAUCAUAUUUUAUUUAUUUUUGUAAUUUGGGGGAAAAACAGUGUGUCAUUCUAUGUACUUAAGCAGUGUAGCUGAACUCAGCUUAUUGACUUUGACGGGGUUGUGAUCCCACAACCUUCCGACUCUGCCACGGAAACACGUUUUUAACCUGUCAAACUUGUCACUUACAUCUCAUGUGACACCCCCCAUACCCACCCACAUCAUAACUGACACUUGUUUUCACAAUAACAAAACAAAGCUCAGGUUACAGCUCCUGCCUCUGUUGGCACAGAUACAGCCUUAUACAGUAACUGUUUAAAAAGUUCACCAAAUACAUUUUUUUUUUUUAUUUAAAUUUUUUUAAAUGUCAUCCCAAACCGAUAUGAUUUUCUUUAAUUAUUUGGAACACAUGAUGUUAUUAGGCAAAAUGUCCAUGCUGAAAAUCGCAAAUUUUUCCAGGUGCAUUAUGAUGCAAGACAUGCAAGAUCCAAUUGCGUUUGAUUUCAGUGAUAUCAAAUCUUCGGUGAUGCAUUGUGAAGUGCCACGUUUAAAUGUGUGCAAGUGUGUAUGAGAUAUAAGAGCAAUAGCAAACACUUUAAAUUUCAUUUUGUUUCUCACACAAAGCUAUCCUAUAGCUACAGAAGUCUUGAAAUACAUGAGUCAUGGACUAAUUUAUGGCACUUGUAUGCUGCUUUAAGUCAAUUUUGGAGCUCAACAGUGUAAAACACCAUUCAUUUGAAUUUUCAGUAUAAGAGAGACAUUUCUCAAAACAUCGCUUGUGUGUUACACAGAAGAAAGAAUGUCAUAUGGGUUUCAAACUUUUCAUUGUUGGGUAAGCUAUCCCUUUAAAUCUAGCUCUCUGUUCGUUCAAAAAUAAAAAAUGCUCUAAAAGCAUCAUGUGACUCCAUAUCUUUAGUGUAUUUUUAUUUUAUUUGUAUAGAUGUGUGUGUCUGGGUUUUGUGUGGGAAUGUCUAUCACCAGUGAUUGUAACAUGAUUCUCUCUUGCCUAUGAACUGUAUCUUGGCAGGAACAUUAAACACUUGGCCACAUUUUCCAGAGUAAAAGCUAAAAGAACGCAAUAAGCGCUCACAAAAAGGGAACGCCAAACCCAUUGACCGAUGUACUCUCCUCCCAAGUCUUUCCGCCUGGCGUCUCGCUCUGCCUCGCAUCUAUUCAUCAUGGAAAAUGUUCAGUAGGUCUUCUCUGUACACCAAGUAAUGAGGAAAGCUUCCUGCUUUACGAGGCUUUGGUACUUCCUCCACAGACUGUUAUUGGUUCUGUGGUACAACAUGUGCUUCUAGUAUUGUAUUUACUAACAGAAAAGGUGGUAAAGAACGUUCCAGAACAGCAGCUGUUUUUGUUUUUCUUUGGUGCUGGCUGCUUAUCUAUUUUAUGUAACAUUGUAUACGUAAGAUGUUUUAAAUGGGAAGUGCCUGUGAAGAGGGAUGUUUUUAUAUGUUAAAAGUUGAUGUCACCAAAUGCAUAUAUUUUUACAUGACAUUACUGCAUUCUUUUGACUUUAUCUGCUCUUACAGAAUUACAGCAUUCAUUUGAAUUGUUAAAAGCUAACAGUAAUCUACACAUUUUACUGUAUUUGUACAACCUUUUGAUGUCUAUAUAUGUCGUAGGUACUAUGGUGUUCUGAUAGCUUUUGUAUUCACAUUCCAAAUGGUUUUUACACAAAGAUUAUACCUGUUUCAAAAUGUACACAAAGCUUCUUUGUACAUAUCAAAUCUAUAUUCAAUAAACUGUUUCUCCAUUCAUUUUACAGUAAGUAGAUUAUUUGUGUUUAUAACACUGUUGGUCAAUCAAUACUAUGGGCAUCCAUGGUGAUGAAAAUCUUUUAAAAAUCUACUUUAAAAUGAUUGUGCCAUGGUCUUAGAAACGCAAUCUUUGUAUGCAUUAUGGAAUAUGUUUUUGAAAAACUUUUAAUAAAUUUUUUACAAUCACUAAUCAAAUCAAUAAA